UGGGAAAUAACGACCCGGCGAACCAAAACAUUGGUGCGAACAGACCACAUGUCAUGCUAGACUGUAUACAAGCGCCUAUUUUCGCUAUUUCUGAUAUGUUUUAGGAGUUUUUAUAACUAAAUAGACACUGUCUCUAUCCUUUUAGACGAUAUGGCUGUUGCAGAACUGGUUGCAAAGUGCUUGCAGGCACGGGAAUUGGCUUAUUGUCCAUAUAGCCACUUUCCAGUUGGUGCUGCGAUCUUGACAUCAGGAGGCACCAUAAUCACAGGCUGUAACGUAGAAAACGCUUCCUACGGCCUUACAGUAUGUGCAGAGAGAACAGCUAUACAGAGAGCUGUAGCCGAGGGCCACAGAAGUUUUACUGCUAUAGCAGUUACAUGUGAUAUUAAAGAUAGUUUUGUAGGACCCUGUGGGGCCUGUCGACAAGUACUAAUGGAGUUUGGUACAGAAUGGGAUAUUUACCUGACCAAACCAGAUGGUUCCUAUAAGAAAACAAGCCUGCGGGACCUGCUGCCUUUAGCAUUCAGCCCAGCUCACCUGGCAAAAGACUGAGUUUUUAAAAGCCUCUUGGAAUUUUCCCUGUACUUUUAGUUCACAAAUGGACAGCUUUUCUGAGCCAGCAACUUCGCCUAAAAUGUUUGCAGUGUUGAAUGUAUGAGACCUUGCACAAGUUUCUUCUUUCUUUUGUUUUUAGCUAUAUUGAAUGACUUAGUAUAUACUGACCUGAGCCUUUGGCCAUUUGUCAUUCCAUAUCCUUUUAUUGAAGUAGGCAAAAUAAGUAGAUGAAAUCUUAAAUGCAGUAAUGUUUCAAAAAAUCUUUUGUUCAUACUUUGUAGUGACUUAAAAGAUGAAUGCUAUAAUCCUGAAUAAUUCAAGAAUCAACAUUUGUAUUAACACUGGUGAACCAAUAAAAGUUUCACCCUCACAAAAAGUAACCUUUGCUGAGACUGAAUAAAAAGCCUGCUUUAGCAACAGCAGUGCCAGAAGAGGGCAGUACAAGCACGGGUUCACACAGACUCACAGACUUGUUAUUUUGCCUGUGAACCACUGAACUGAAAUUAAUCCACGUGGUUUUCACUUUCAGGAUAGAAGAACAUGAAUACAAAUCAGUCGUAUUCUUCUGGCAGAACACGCACAUAAAUAGACUACAUUCAGAGUGACAGCACAGGGUUCACAGCUGUCAAUAAGUGUAUGUACUACAACUGUAUUUAUAACCUUAAAUCAUUGGGAAAUAUUGUGUUUAGGCUGCACUGAGAGAGAGAAAGCAAUAGAACAAGACAGACAUGCUGUAGUCUUUUGGAUAGAUAUAAUGAUGGUACUGUAUUUGUAAGCCUCUCUCUAAAUAGCUCAAACUGUAUUACAGUAUACAAGUAUGUUUUACUUAUAAGACAUUGCAAUAGAAUGAAUGGUGUUCUUCAGCAGGGAUAAUUGCUGUGCCUUUAAUGCCCCUCAGGCUGUUUGAAAUUCUCCUCUGCAGCAUGGCAGGGGCCUACAUUCUAUUCUGUCAUCCGGGGAAAACACUCUGACAUUGUUCUCUGUGAGAGAUGGAGGGAGAGAAAAAGGGAGGGGGCACUAGAAGAGUGAGAGAGAAUGAGAAAGAAAA